AUGAAGUCAUUACGAAUUAUGAUCUUGAUGUCCAAUUGGCCUAUUUCACUGACCGCUACGGGCAUUUGGGAUUUAUCCAAGACCAUGGAUCACCCUGUUCCAACCACGGAACGCUAUACAGACUCAUGGCCUCGCUUUACAGGACCUGACAAUACAGCACUUCAUCAGCAAGAAGUUUCCCGACCGGAAGGAAUAUAUCGGUCGAAUGUAGGGCAUUCAUAUCCACAGACAGAACCUUCUUGGCUGGACACGCAGCUCUUCAACGCACAUCCCUCGGACGCCUAUAUAGAACACCUUGGAGAACAGACAUACCUUGAAGACCGGCUCGAACGCCCUAAGGACUACAACCACUUAAAUCAGCUUCCAGGAAUCAAGGCACAGCCACAGUCAUGGCUCGACCUGCUCAGUGCAGACGACUUCGAUGGAGCUCUGCACAAUGAUGGCUUCCAUUCAAGUAGUCAGAGUCUCAGGCGUCACUCGGGAGUGCACAAUAUCGACUCUCAUGACCCUCUGGCCGUCUGGACUGCACCUCACAUCCAGCUCUCACAAUCAGUAUCAGGACACCACAUUCCUGCCGAGCAUUUGACUAGAUCUUCAGAGAAUGAGUUUGCUCAUAUCCUUGAGCAAAAUCACAGAAUUCAAACAUCUCACGACGUUCACACCUCUAACAACCCACCACCGCCAAUCUUAGACAGCACUUCGGGGCUCGAUCUGCCCAGCGCAGGCGAUGGUGGAGCUCGACACCAUGAUGCCUUCCAUUCAACACGUCCCUACAAUGGCUUCACAAGCUUCAAAGGUGACUCAGAAGUCCACAAUGAGUACCCGCAACAUUCUCCGGGCUUUUCCUAUGCACCGCACGUUCAGAUCUCGCCAUCGCCAUCAGGCCACAGUAUUCCUACCGAGCAUCCGAUCGAUUUUCUGGAUAGUAAUCUUGCUCGUAUGCUUGAUGAAGAUGACAACUUUGAUACAUCUCUUUUCUCUCAAACCUUGAACAAUGAGCCCACAGAAAUCUCACGCGACGCUUUAUGGCAACCCCCUGUUCCUCAAACAAGUUCUUCUGUCUCAAGCGGAAGGUGGCCUCUUGAUACCUUUAGGGAGAAUCUCGAUCAUGUCGCUCACGACACAACUCACAGCGCACAGCCCAAAUCGGCUAUCUCAGAUGCAAGGCCAGCGUCAGAGUUGUCUGAAACCUGGCUCAGAGGUCACUCGAAAGUGCACAAUGGAUAUACUCAUGAUCCUCUGGGCCUUUCCUAUGCACCGCACACCCAGAUCUCACAAUCGCCAUCAGGCCAUAGUAUUCCUACCGAGCAUCCGAUUGAUUUUCUGGAUAGUAAUCUGGCUCGUAUGCUUGAUGAAGAUGACAACUUUGAUGCACCUUUUGGAUCUCAAACCCUUGACCAACCAAUCUCACAAGUGGCUUCCUCGCGACCCUCUGUUCCCCAGGUCAUUUCUUCUAUUUCAAACGGAGAACGGCCUCUUGAAGCUUUCAAGGACACUUCCAGCCAUUUCACCCACAGCACGCCUCCAAUCACACAUUCUAUAUUACCUAUUCCAGAGGCCAGGCAGGCGUCAGAGUUGCCUUCAAGCGUUGCCUUCGGAGGUCCUCCAAGUACAUCGAACCCCCUCCUCUGGUUCUUAAUGUCAUCACCGGCUACUCGUUUGUAUGAAGAAUCCCUGAAAAAGGCAGACGUGUCAUUGUUUAGAUCAGGGCAGCUCAAGCGUCCGUUUCAGACAAUCGAAGUCACAUAUCCAUCUUUGAAACAAGAAACUCGUCAGAAUCCUUCCUCAUUUGAUGACAAGGAAGGGCUCAUCAGUCAAGUAAAAAGGCGUCGCCCAUCCAAAGCUGCCGAGAUUGACACCUUGACGUCAUCGACACUCCCGAAUCAGAAGCCCUCACGGUUACGAUCCAAACCCUCUAAAACUCCUGCACUCGACUCCAAAACAAAUGAUAUUCCAAAACUCCCAAAACCUCGUCGUAGACGACCUAAACCUGCUAUUGUAUUUCAAAGAUCGAACCUCAAAGCUAUAGAAAAGUAUUACGGGUCCAUUUGGCGUCUCGAAAAGGUGAAGAAGCAGAAAAUGUUGAAGCGAUUUGAUUCAGAGCUUGCUCAGAAAUUUAUAUUCAAUGCCAAUCAUCCAUCAAUUUCACCUAGGAAAUUAAUUGAUAGUUAUGAACCUAAGAUCCAAGCAUUUUUGAAAUCAUUCGACAUAGAGCGUGAAAUUCCUGGUCAUACUGAAUAUCUACAAGAAAACAUGAACAAACUUCUGGAUAAUUACUUAGAGGUCCUGGCCAUAUGUUCUGAAGUGGUUUUUUCCAAUGGUUUAUAUACAAACAUGGAGGACGAUGUUCGUGAUGGUUACAUCUGGCUCAAGGAAAAAUUAAAAGGACUUCCAGAAACUCAUUUUGACUACUUACCUAUCAAGAAUAACAAAGUACCAAGACCAACUACAGAUAGAGUAUUUUCGGAACCAUUCAAGGAUCUUUCGACUGUAUACGACCGUACAGUCUUUUGGUUACGUCAUAGAUUAUAUGAAAAAAGACGUGAAAGCGUGGCAACUACAUAUGCAUUAGACUUUAUGCGUCAACAUCGAGAUCAUUGGAUCAAAUAUUUGACUCGGUCAGGGGCUCAUCGGUUAAACGUCAAAACUUUGAUGGUUUCAACAAACAGGGUAAGACCAUUGAAAUAUACUGGUAAUAGCACCUUGAAAUGCUCCCGUCAAUUACCAUGUUCAGAAUGCAUAGGUUUGAGGCAAAGAGCUUUAAAAUAUAAAACCAGAUCUGUUCCCAUCAAACAGCUUGAUUCCUCUACAUUUUUUGCAUCCAACUACCUUCAUAGUGGCGUAUCACCCCUACAUAGCUUUCCGGAAUUUCAAAGGAUUGAUGGAACACCCAGAAAUUGUUAUUGUGCCACCAAGGUAGUCUGUAGUCCAUUAUUAACUACAGGGAGAGCUGCAGGUGCAGAUGGGAAAUGA